AUGGACGGUGGCAACUCUGUUGCCAACGAUACUUCCAACAGCACACUAGCCGUCGAGGAGUAUGACUACUCGGCGCGACCGGAAACGUACAUAGUUCCGGUACUAUUCGCGUUCAUAUUUUUCGUGGGAACCAUCGGAAAUGGAUCUCUGGUGUUGAUAUUCAUCCGGCACAGGCACAUGAUCAACGUGCCGAACAUAUACAUACUCAGUCUGGCGCUGGGCGAUCUGCUGGUCCUGUUGAGCUGCAUACCGUUCACGUCUACCGUCUACACGGUGCCGUCAUGGCCGUUCGGAUUGACCAUCUGCAAGGUGUCAGAGACCACCAAGGACAUAUCGAUCGGCGUGACCGUGUUCACGCUGACCGCCCUGAGCGCUGACCGGUUCUUCGCCAUCGUUGACCCGAUGCGCAAGCUGCACGCCUCCGUGGGCGGCCGGCGGGCCACCAAGUUCACCGUCACCGUGGCCGUGACCAUAUGGUGCCUGGCGAUAGCGUGCGCCGUGCCCGCGGCCACCAACUCGUACGUCCGACAGUUCCGGCAGGACAACGUGACGCUGUUCGAGGUGUGCUAUCCGUACGCCGAGGAACUGGGACCUGCCUAUCCGCGGUUCAUCGUCGUCGUCCGGUUCCUGGUCUACUACGUGGUUCCUCUAUCCGCCAUUGCGUGUUUCUACACCAUGAUGGCGCGGCACCUCAUCAAUAGCACCAGAAACAUGCCCGGCGAGGUCCAGGGACAGAUGCGCCAAGUACGGGCCCGGAAGAAAGUGGCCAAAACCGUGAUGGCGUUCGUGCUGGUGUUUGCAGUGUGCUUCCUGCCCUAUCACAUGUUCAACCUGUGGUUCUACCUGAACCCCAAGUCCCAGGACGAGUACAACUUGUUCUGGCACGUGUUGCGCAUCGUCGGCUUCUGCCUGUGCUACAGCAACUCGUGCAUCAAUCCCAUCGCGCUCUACUUGGUCAGUGGCACGUUCCGCAAACACUUCGACCGGCAGCUGUUCUGGUGGAUCGUAAAGCCGCAGGGUGGCACGGUCACCGAGUCCAAGAACGGCUACAUGCGCCGGAAGAACGGCACCCGGGAGAUGGAUCGGAUCACCAUCAACGAUUCGACCACCAUAGGCAACGUACAGAUGAGCACGUUCGCCAAGCGGGCCGCGGACCACACCACCACCACCACGGCCACCACGGUGCUCAUCUGUGCCGGGCUCAACGACGCCAACACCAUUAUAUAG